AUGAUAAAAAAUCGUAAAAAUUUAUAUGAAAAAAUUGAAGAUUCUUGUUUAAGAUGUUUCAGUAAAGAGCAUCAAGUUGUUCAAUGUCCACAAAAAAACCAAUUACCAUGUGAAAUCCUAAAUUCAGAAGGUGAAAUGAAUAGCAUCACGUAG